AUGAGCCGGGAGGGAUCUACAUCCCCCGACGUGACGACUGAGACUUCAGUCGGCUCCUCACCGCCCGACACUUCUGCUCUCACCACGACAGCUACGCCUGCCCGCCAGUCGCUGAGUCGUCGCGGACACUUUAAGUCCAGGCUCGGCUGCUACAGCUGCAAGCGGAGGAGAGUUAAAUGUGACGAGUCUCGCCCGGAAUGCUCUCCAUGUCGGCGUCUCGGUCUGCACUGCGUGUAUCCUGUGGUGGAUUCGGUAACGACUGUAGCCCUAAGCAGAAAUCCAUCCAUCAUACAACUUAAAGAUCUCAGAUUUCUCCACCAGUUUCUCACAGCCGGGUUCCCUACUUUACCUCUUCAAGGUGAAAAGGUCUGGUGGGAAUGUGCCGCAAUGUCACACAAGUCUGAAGCACUUGCACAUGCCAUCCUAGGACUCGGCGCAUCUCACCUUUCACAAAAUUGCAACGUAGAUUACACGGCUCAAGCUCUGCAGCAUCGCGUCGCAGCUAUCAAGCUCGUCAACAACCAAUUCGCUAACCCGCCCGCGCGGUCUGAGGAAAGAGACGCCUUAUUUGGUGCCGUCAUGUGUCUCAUGGCGCAAUCAGCUUUAAUGGCCGACAGCAUGGUCGACUACUUGACAAUGUCUCGCGGGGGCAACCUCGUUGUACAUAACAUCAGCCUCGACCUCUCAAAGUCAAUAUUUUAUGGCUUCACGCGCGCCGGACACUAUGAGCUGCUUGAGAGACAGGCACUUGAGGAGCCUAAAACUUAUGAGCUGGCAGAUGCAUUCAGGACAUCAGCGGCAAGUUUAGAGCCUCUUUGUACGUCGCCGACACAAAUCCGAUACCAGAAGCUGCUCGUCUCUUGUCUUGAUGGUCUGAAGGUAUCCUCGUAUGAAGCAUGGAGGAAGUUUGUUCCUCUGUUUGUAAUGCCAGCCGCACUUGCUAAUGAAGAAUUUGCCGUCUUCACCAGGCCAGACAACUACAUUUCUCAUAUACUUGUCAUACAUACAUUUCUGCUAGACUACUUACUUGGCUCGUAUUGUCUGCGCCAAGCCACGGCGCCCAAGUGCCAAGGUCGAAAGUUUGUCAUUAUUUCUUGGACCAGAAACCUUGCAGAGCGCCUGCCGCCUGAAUACAAGGAGCAUAUCAAAUGGCCACUAGAAUUUUGCGAUAUUCUUUCCGAGCAAAAGGAUUCGCGGUACCUACUCUGUCCAUGA